CUACACGGCUCACUGUAGUAGCCCGGCGCUGGAGGUCGGGCAUGCUCCUGAAAUGUUCACUGCGAAAUGAUCCACUGGCGCCGAAAUGAGCGCGAUUAAGAUGAAAAUACACACAAACAAGACACAGAAACGCGUUUAAAUCGUGUUCUUGCUAAGCUGUUAGCGUGCGGCUUGGCGCAAACCGCGAAGGCACCGCAGAGGAGCUUUGGGAAGUGUCCGUCCGUUUUGUCCUACAAAGGCGGCGGGUGUUUGACAGCAGGAGGGCCCGACGUUAGGAAACCGCUGCGGCUGGAGGAGGUGGCAGGAGAAGGAGGAGGAAGGCUUUCUGAAGACUCCAUGAAACAAUAAAGACUCGUUUCUGCUGAGGGAAGUGAGCUGAAUCAUGAGGAAGGACGUGAGGAUACUCCUUGUUGGGGAACCCAAGGUGGGGAAGACGUCACUGAUCAUGUCUCUGGUUAGUGAGGAGUUUCCUGAUGAGGUUCCUCUCAGGGCUGAGGAGAUCACCAUCCCAGCUGACGUUACCCCGGAGAGGGUACCCACACACAUCGUGGACUACUCUGAAGCAGAACAGUCAGACGAGCAGCUGUAUCAAGAAAUCUCCAAGGCAAACGUGAUCUGCAUAGUUUAUUCAGUUAACAACAAGAAGUCGAUCGAAAAGGUGACAAGCCACUGGAUUCCUCUCAUUAAUGACCGGACAGAUAAAGACAGCAGGGUACCGUUAAUUCUGGUGGGGAACAAGUCUGACUUGGUGGAGCACAGCAGCAUGGAGACCAUCCUGCCAAUCAUGAAUCAGUACCAGGAUAUUGAGACCUGUGUGGAGUGUUCUGCUAAAAACUUGAAGAACAUCUCUGAGUUGUUCUACUACGCCCAGAAGGCUGUUCUCCACCCAACAGGACCCCUGUACUGUCCCGAGGAGAAGGAGCUGAAACCUUCCUGCAUUAAGGCUUUAACUCGGAUAUUUAAAAUCUCCGACCUGGACAACGACGGGAUCCUGAACGACAAUGAGCUCAACUUCUUUCAGAGAACAUGUUUCAAUACACCUCUGGCGCCUCAAGCCUUAGAAGAUGUGAAGAAUGUGGUCAGGAGGAACAUGACAGACGGAGUUAAAAAUAACGGACUCAGUCUAAAAGGCUUCCUCUUCCUGCACACACUCUUCAUACAGCGAGGUCGACAUGAGACCACGUGGACGGUGCUGAGGAGGUUCGGAUACGACGACGACCUGGAGCUCACACAGGAAUACCUGUUCCCCAUAAUAAAGGUCCCGCCUGACUGCACCACUGAGCUAAACCACAACGCUUACCUCUUUCUGCAGAGUGUCUUUGACAAACAUGACAAAGACAGAGACUGUGCCCUGUCCCCAGAGGAGGUGAAGGACCUGUUCAAAGUAUUUCCCUACAUGCCCUGGGGUCCAGAUGUCAACAACACCGUGUGCACCAAUGAUAAGGGUUGGAUCACAUACCAGGGAUACCUCUCCCAGUGGACGUUAACAACGUAUCUGGAUGUCCAGAGGAGUUUGGAGUAUUUAGGUUACCUCGGCUACUCCAUCAUCUAUGAACAGGAGUCUCAAGCUGCAGCUAUUACUGUGACACGUAACAAGCGCAUUGACCUGCAGAAGAAACAAACCCAGCGCAGCGUCUUCCGCUGCAACGUGUUGGGAGCGCGCGGCAGCGGGAAAAGUGGCUUCCUCCUAGCUUUCCUCGGCAAGAACCUGCAGAGACAGAGGCAGAUCAGAGAGGACCACAAGUCCUACUAUGCCAUCAGCACCACCUACGUUUACGGUCAGGAGAAGUACCUGCUGCUCCACGAGGUGAUGACAGAUUUUGACUUCCUGUCCGAGGCCGACCUGGCCUGCGACGUGGUCUGCCUGGUGUACGACGUCAACAACCCGGAAUCUUUUGAGUACUGCGCUAAGGUGUACAAGCAAUGCUUCAUAGACAGCAAGACGCCAUGCGUAGUGAUAGCCGCCAAGUCCGACCUGCACGAGGCGCGGCAGCACUACAGCCUGUCGCCGCACGAGUUCUGCCGCAAGCACAAGCUCCACCCGCCGCAGCCGUUCACGUGCAACACGACCGAGGUGCCCAGUAAGGACGUCUACACCAGACUCACCACCAUGGCCAUGUAUCCCCACGCCCGCCUCCGCUGCAUGUGUUCCUGCAACAGGUGCACUUAUUGCCUGUGUCAGAACCUCCUCAAGUUGGAGCUGCUGCGCAGCGUUAAGGCCCAGCUCCGCAGGGUCGUUUACAACAGGCACAUGGCCCAGGCGGACCUGAAGAACUCCACCUUCUGGCUGAGGGCCAGCCUCGGUGCCACGGUGUUCGCGGUGUUGGGCUUCGCCAUGUACAGAGCACUUCUAAAACAGCGGUGAUGGGGCAGCAUGAGACGACUACUUCCAUCUUGGUCCUUUUUGUUCCUUUCUACCUGAGAGACUUUAAAAGACUGCCUGAACAAACCAAACAGGCUCAUUGCCUCGAAACCCACCUCUCCCCUUUCUCCUAAAGUAACACGAGCGAGAAACAAACUUUUAUACGAUUGUGGAUUAUCUGUAUGUUGUGAGCAAAGGGACACUGUUUCUAAAUACAUUCAUUCUGGGAUCUUUUGGUCUAAUCUGUUAGUAAAAACAGAAUUAUUAUUCUAGAUAAUCCGGUCCUGUUUCAAUCCUCAGGCUCUCAUUUAGUUUAACAUGAGGCAGCCAAAAUAAAACACUGCAAAGGGACUUGAGUCUAUUUUUAUUAAAGUAUAUGCAAUAUGUUAUGUAUUUAUGUAAGACUGUAGGACCCGUAGAAAGUAUCACAAGCCAAACGCAGGAUCAGCAGGAGACACAGCGUUACAUUCAACACCAACAUGCACUUGUUUCAUUUGUGUGUUAAAUUAUUAACCCAUUUCUUUGGAGUGCACCACAUGAAACAGAUUGCUCAUGUAUUUUUGUAUGUAGUGUUAUAGCUUAACACUUCUGACUGCUUUUAUUUUUCUGGUUUUCAAAUAAAGCUUUGACCCUCCUUUUUGUUUUCCAUUUCUGCACUACAAGCAACCUAGAAACGUGUUUCCCCUUAAUCUUCGUCUGCAGCAUUUUCAAUAAAGACUUGUACAAUAUGGUA